AUGUCGAAAGGAUCGAUUCUGCUCAUCAACGGGCCCAACCUCAAUCUCCUCGGAACCCGCGAGCCACACAUCUACGGCCACGAAACCCUCCAAGAUGUAGAAACUGCAGCACAGAAGCAUUGUUCGGGUCUGAAUCUCGAAAUCUCCUCAUUCCAAUCAAAUCACGAGGGUCACAUCAUUGAUCGCAUCCACGAAGCAAGAGGAAAAUGCGAUUAUAUUAUCAUCAACCCCGGAGGUCUGACGCACACCAGUGUCGCUUUGCGCGAUGCUUUGGGUGGAGUUGCUAUUCCCUUUAUCGAGGUUCACAUCAGCAAUGUACAUGCUCGCGAAGAAUUCCGUCACAAGAGCUUUUUGAGCGACAAGGCUGUCGCUGUGAUUUGUGGAUUGGGCACUUUUGGAUACAGUGCUGCUAUCGAGUUCAUCGCCAAAAAGCAGGGAGCAACAAGGCAUCAAUGA